AUUCGUUUUGUCAUUUGAUUGGCAGUUGUCCAAACAACAUGGCAUCUUUUCAUGUGUGAAAAGUAUUUGACAUGGGGAGCAAAUAUAUUUUGAAGCAUAAUGGGAGCUCUACGUUGGUAACGUGUAUGCUCUUCCCGAAUGGAUCAACGCCUAUAUGAUGAGAGUGUCUUGGUUAAAAGUUUAAAUAUUAUACUUCCUAAAAACAAAAUGAUAGUAAUGCUGGAAUAACUGGUUCAUAGAAUGACGGCAGUUAUGGCAAAUGGGAAUUGGGAUCCAGCACUGUCCCGGCUUUUAGUGUCAUUGGAAGAGGCCAGACAGUUUCUUCCAAGUUCGGAAGAAGAAUUUGGUUUCCUAAGUGACUUAUUGCAAUCUAAAGAACUGCAUGCCUUAGUAAAGGUUCAUAAUAAGAUAAUAAGCAAUGGAAAAGAUGAGAAAUUUCAUCCUACUCUUUCAAAUUCAAUGCAGAUUGCAUUGGAGGUUCUGGAUGUAGUUGGGCCAAGAGUUGCUUUAAAAGAAGAAUGCAAGGAAAUUUUUUUGUUGCUCCAAAAACCUCACAUUCAGGGUUUGCUCUGUGCCCAUGAUGCCGUGGCACAAAAGGACUAUUUUCCACGACUGCCUGAAAUACCACUUGAGGUGGAUGAAGAUGAAGAGACUAUUAAAAUUGUGCAACUGGUGAAGAGUAAUGAACCAUUGAGUGGUGCCCAAACUGUUGAGCCCAUUGUGGGUGCAACAAUAAAGACAGAUGAAGAAACAGGAAAAAUUGUAAUUGCCCGUAUUAUGCAUGGAGGAGCUGCAGAUCGCUCAGGACUCAUCCAUGUGGGGGACGAGGUGUGUGAAGUAAAUGGCAUUAAUGUUGAAGGGAAAACACCUAAUGAUGUCCUCAAAAUACUGCAAAAUUCUGAAGGGACGAUAACCUUUAAGCUGGUUCCAGCAGAUGGGAAAGUGGGUAUACGGGAAAGUAAAGUUCGAGUUCGUGCCCAUUUUGAUUACACAUCUUCAACAGAUCCCUACAUACCAUGCAAGGAGGCAGGACUGGAUUUUGUAAAGGGAGAUGUGUUACACAUUGUAAGCCAAGAUGAUGCUUACUGGUGGCAAGCUCGAAGGGAAGGGGAUCGCAAUAUGAGGGCAGGACUGAUACCUAGCCGAGCACUGCAGGAACGCAGGAUUCUGCACGAGCGUACACAGCAGGAUAAAACGUCAGAAGAAGGGUCAUACAGCGAUGUGGUAUGGUCAUUAGGCUUACAUUUGCUGCCCGCUAACUUCCCUGUAGGUUUGUGCUCUGUUUCAGUCCUCCCUGGGUGUCAGUCCCCUAAGUCCCCUCGCUGUGCCUCUAAACCUAAAACUAAAAAGAUUAUGUAUGACACAGCCGAGAAUGAUGACUUUGACCGUGAGGAGAUUGCCACAUACGAGGAAGUAGCAAAGCUUUACCCACGCCCGGGGCUUCACAGACCCGUGGUCCUCAUCGGGCCUCCGGGUGUUGGGCGCAAUGAGCUCAAGCGGAGACUCAUUGCUACUGACCAGGAAAAAUAUAAGACUCCUAUUCCAUACACAUCUCGUCCUGUGAGACAUGGAGAAGUAAAUGGAAAAGAGUAUUUUUUUGUAACAAGAGAGAAAAUGGAAGAAGAGAUUGAAGCUGGAAAAUUUAUUGAAUUUGGAGAAUACAAAGGGAAUUUGUAUGGGACAUCGGCAGAAAGUGUCAAGUCAUUAGUGAAUGCAGGAUACGUCUGCAUAUUGAAUCCUCAUUACCAAGCCUUGAAAAUGUUGAGGAUUCCUCAAUUAAAACCAUACAUAAUAUACAUCAAGCCACCACCAUUUGAUAUUCUGAAAGAGACUCGUAAUGCGUCUUAUGCUAGAUCAACAUUUGAUGAGAACAACUCCAGGGGUUUUACUGAUGAAGAAUUUCAAGAAAUGCUACAUAGUAGUGAGCGUAUAGAGUUUUUGUAUGGACAUCUCUUUGAUGAAGUUAUUGAAAAUGCAGAUUUGUCGGCAGCAUUUGAACAACUAGUACGUGCUGUGAACAGAGUAGAGACAGAACCUUUGUGGGUCCCAGCCUCUUGGGUUCAGUGACAACAUUCAUAUCACUCAUGACCAAGAAAUUGUCAUUGAUACAGAGUGAUAUUGAAGGAAUGGAGAGUAUUUGAAUGUAGUCCCAUUUUCAAAGUGCUCCUUGAUGUUGGUGUGGACUUUGUUUCCAUAUGCAGAAACUGAGCAAGAUUUGCCAGGUUGAGCUUGUUAUAUACUGUUCUAGUUAAAUAUUGGGGAAGAUACAGUAAUGAAUUUAGCAGCAGGUGGGCUAUAUUCAUGUGUUUGCCAGACUGUUAUUUCAGAGUAGUGUCAUAUGGACACACACUGCUUCUCUCCAUGUCAUAUUAGCUGAAGCUCUUGUUAAUUGUUAUUUCCCACGUGUGCAUGGGGAUGUAUGUCAUUUAGCUCAGGCGUUGAAUGGUUACGGCCCUGACCAAUCACUGCCAUGCUAAUGUCGUUAUCAGGAAACAGAACUCUGUAAGGAAAGUGUAUGUGUAGCCCAUCUCAUAUGUUAAUUACAGAUUUUAAUCUUGUACCAAAGAUGUCCAUGUUGAUAUGAUUUAUAAGAUUAUUUGAUAAGGUAUGAAAAUUCUCUCUAUUAAUAAUGGAAUGUACAAUAAUAAUGACUGCAGUAAUUAGUCUGUUGUGAAACAAAUCACAGCUUGGGAAAUGUUAACGUGCAGUUAACUGAUAGUUCAUUAUUACCUGCUGUGGUUUUUCCUUGAUUCCAUAGUUUGCAGCUCAGAGAUCAUGAGGUCACAUUGUGAUAAACAGGGAUAACUUAUAUUCAUUGUUCACUGCCAAAAUUUGCUAGUUAUUAAAAAGUUAGCUUACAAGUGAUAUAUGUAUGUCUGAAGGGCUCUGACAUUGGCGUGUUACAAUAAGUUCAACUGUUAUUUUGGUCAUCCAUUGUCUUGAUUCUUUCUUAAAAAAUAACAUUUCAGAGUCUGGCUCUGUCUGCAUCAUCAAGUAGGCACCCCUUUCUCCUACUGUCACUUGAUGACAGAGACAUAUCCAGUCUCUGAAAUGUUGUGUUUCGCAAAUAUCCAAGACAAAGGAUAAUAUCCAAAGUAACAGUGAAACUUAUCGCAAGUGAUAUAUAUGAUAGGCAAGUAUUUGCAUCAAGUUCUGGAUUUCUACUUGACAAGAUGUGUAUGUUUGAGAUUUAAUUCCUGAAUACCUUGAUGUAGAUUACAUCACUUACACUACUACACAUUUGUCACUAUCCAUUCUUUGUAUUACAGUUCUUGAGGUCUUUGUGCAUAUCUAAUACAUUUGUUAGGGAGACCUGCUCCCUGUUUAUCAUGUUUGUAGGCUACUGGAUUUUUUCCAUUCCUCAUGUUAAACUCCUGUUUCAAAACAUGAAAUGAGCUUAUUGUGUUGUUCAAGAACACAUUGUUGACUGUACACAAGGAAUACUUUUGACAUUGUUUAAUUUAUUUAUUAAUGUGUUUUUAUGUGUGUUUUCUUAAAUCUGGGAAACUUGUCUUCACAGAGAAUAUUUUGUAUUUAUCUGACAUCGUAUUCUAAAACUCUGCAUUAGUAAUAUUGUAGAAUUUUAUUGGUGGUUACUUAUUUAAUUUUUGUUGUAUAUCUGAAAAUAAUCUUGACCAUUUCUAAAAGAAAUUGGACCUUACCAUUUGUACGUUGCAGUAGUGUUGGAAAGUGGAAUUAUGCAAACCUGGAAUUUGAAUUUUGUCAACAUGGUUGAUAUGCAAUAAUCAGAUUUGUGUUAAGAAUUGUAGAUAUUUAUUAUUAUAUUUCUUUAACAGAUACAGUUGGUAUGUAUUAAUACACUGCUGUACACAUAUAAAGACUUGAGAAAUGCAGGAGAAUUUCAUGACAGGUAUGUGAUGGCUCUCUGAAAACCAUGAUGCAGUAAGAUUUAAGUUUGACAUUAGGGGCUCUUGUAUGUAAUGGAUGAACAUCUUGAACUUAACUGUCCGUGAAGCAGGUGGGAUAAAACACAGAAGACUUCUAUGAGGCCUGAUCCUAUAUGAGUCAUUGAGUGACUCGAAGUCCAUGUGUCUUCUAGUGGCCAGUGUCAGUACAGAGUUCGAGAUUUUAUGGCUGUGGGAGGAAGUUGCAUCUGUAAAAUAUUUCACAUCCCUUUGUGUAUUUUUGGGUUUGUUAUUUUAAUAUCAUAAACACUGCUUAAGAAGGCUUAUUAUUACAGUCAUUAAUACAUUUGAAAUUAGGUUUUAACUGUAAAUUUCAGUAAUAAUCCCUUGCAGCAUGAUAAGCAUGUGUUUAUGUCAUGAGAAAUUUCAAAGAUGAGAUCAUAAGCUAAGGAACAGUAAUGAUAUUUUCAGUCCUUCCAUUUUGUGUUGGAAGAGAACCUGAGUACUGGCCACAGAUAUUUCUGCACACUUAAUGAUGACCAUACAGAUUGUCUAUAAGCAAGCCUUCAGCAGACAUGUUUCAUGUCCAUUGUAGAAUCAGUUCUAAAGUUUUGUUCAUUACUGCAGGCCUUACUGCCUCUCUGUCUUCUUUAGUCAACAGAUUCCAGAAUCAAGUUGUGGUCCUACAUUGAAAUCCAUUUAAUAUCUUAAUGUCGUAUGGUUUUUAUGCUUCAGAAGUUAAAAAUAUUUGGUCCUAACAAAUAUUCCAUAAGCUUCAUGUAGUAUUCCCUUCUCAGGAUAUUCUUCUUUAAAAGAAUUUCCUCUUAAGUUCUAAGGAACAGUAGUUAAUAAGAUUUAAAGUCUCUAUUUUCAGGCUGACUGGUGCACAUUUAAUCUUUAUGCAUCACAGUAGCAUACCAUUAAAUCCUGGACUUGAAAUCUGGCCAGCAGCCCGUUAGAAUAUGGGUUUAAAUCCCCAUUCUCAUACAAUUAAAGAUAAAUUAAAUGUAAAGGUGUUUUGUAAGGACAUUUAAGUGACAAUUUUAUGAUGCUCUAUCUUGUGGGAAAAAGAGAUUUAACUUUUUUGUUUUAACCCUGAAACUUUUAAAAGUAAAUUAUUUCAGCAGCUUCAGACUUGUCUGUAGGAGUAAGUAUAAUAAUGUCUGUAUUGUUUGUUUAAUUGCCUGUAUACCCCACCUUGAUGAACCGAUAAAGAUAUCCUUUCACACUGCACAGCUGGCCAUCAGAACACAGGCUAUUGCUAACCACUCACAGUAGUUUAAAAUAUAAAUGGGAUUUUAAUAUAAUUUUAUGGUAUUUCAAAUAAAUAGAUGUUCAGUGUUCUGAUUCUUAAUCCCAUCUGGCUUCUUGAUGCAGUGUAAAAAGUACGUGUAGCAAACUUAAUUGAAGGAAUUUCUUCAGAUGUAUGUUUUUCCUGAUAAAGAUCAAAUGGGAUAUUUUUGCCACCAAAGUUUUGCCUUGUAUACUCUGUUAAUUUACUCAGCAACCUUCAGUAUAUAUUUCAUCAACUUAGUAGACAGAAUUUGAGGUUAGAUCCAUUCAGAAACAAUGAUUAUCUCUGUGAGAGUCGUUGCAGAUGUAAAUAUCUUUUGUUAAUUGAUUGUGCAGAAACAAGUUUUACUUGUUACAUAAACUUUGUAUAUAUGAACAUGAUUCUUUCUCACUCAUUAAUAUAGUGAUGGCAUGGGCAGCAAUAUGGUCCAAAGUUCUUCCUCUUUAUAGUGCAGUGGAACACGUUAAUUCCCAUUUAACGUGCUGAUUGUGCUGUAAUGAAAAAUAUACAUUAAUAACAAGUUCAUAAUUAUAAUACAAGGGACCACUGUAUUAGAAAUCCAAAAUUGGCAGUAAAGAUAGAACAUUUAUAAAUGAUUUAACACUAUGUAUUAGAAUAUUAUACCUUACAGUUUUAAAAGUUACAAGUAACAAUUUUUAUGACUGAACUGUGACAUAGAAUAACACAAUGAAAACAGUUAUAUGCAGUCUUAUCUCGUCUUCACGCCAGCCACAUCUUUGGCCACCAAUCCACCAGCAAUAUUAGUGAACACCAGUGUAAUCUCUGCCGUCUUGUAGAGUCUUAAUCUGGGAAUUGGUCUUCAACAGGCCCUUCUAACCCAGCCUCAUCACAUAUAUUUACUAACUCUUGUUUGUAUUUUCUCACACAACAGGCUUGUAUGGUAAUAAGUGUUUUAGACUUUUAUCCAAAAAUGUUUUGAGUCGUACCUGAGUUACUUAAUAUCCUGACAUUUUUUGUGGUUUUAUUCAGUCUGCCCUGGCAGACACUGUGACAGUACUCAGAAAUUGACCUUGAGUGUAUUUCCUUUUCCUUACUUGCCAUCUCAUUUGGUUCUAUAUAACCUUUGCAUUUGAAGCAGCAUUAUUAAAGAAACCAGAAAUCAAUUAAAUAAUCAUUCUCCUGAUAUUUUUCUGUGCCUUAUUCUUCAGUUUGCAGGCACAGAACUCAGUUUUGAAUCAGUUUGUAGUAUACUACAUAUUACUCCCUAUUUUCAAUCCAUUCCUCCUUGAGACAGUUGACAGUAUGGAAAAAACAUCUUAUCUGAAGCAUCCUCCCUCGUGUUUGUUUAGUUCUUCCUCUGCUGUGGAAUAUUAAUAUUUGCUUACUAUCAUCUCUAUUUCUGGAUGAGUUCUAAGUCUGUCUGCAUGAGUAAACUGUGCCUCUGAAACUUUAGAACUUAGUAUUUUUAGUUCAUUCAGUACACCAACUAAAGUAACAUUCGUAUGCACUAGAAAUUAAUUUUUAGCAGGACCGAAGCAGCACAUAAGGUAGAAAAGCGUGCCUAAGAUAUAUCUAUUAGUUAUUACAUUUUCAUAUGACAUUUUAAAGAAUAAAAGUAUGUCACAAUUAAUUGAAGCAUUAUGAUAUCAGGUUUUUGUUCUAGGCUGUGAAAUCCUAUGGUGACCAAGUAACUGUAUGAUACACAGUUUUUCUUUAAAAUUAUUUAUUUACCUGUAGAUUUAGUACCACGUACAGAGAACACAUAACUGAACCUUGUUCUGAGCCUUUCGGUUCAGUCCACACCUUCACAUCCUAUUUUUGUAAGAUAUGAUUUAAUAUUAGUCUUAAGUCAAUGUUUGGGUAUCCUGAGUGGUGUCUUGUUAAGAUGUUUUGUAGUAAAAAUGUGUGCAGUUUUAAUUUCUUCCAUCCUUCUAUGGUAACCAAAUAUUCAGAAUUUAAUUUUUCUUUUCUUGUUUCCAUUUCUUCUGCCACAGUACAAAAUAAAUUUUGUUCUUUUCAAGUAAACAAAACCAUUUUUCAGUUUUAAUGUAGCUAAGAGAUACAUGUGUGCCCGAGAGAGAGGUAAUAGGAAAGUGGAGAAAAUUAAAUAAUGAGCUCGAAUAUUAAUGCUUAUUUCCAAAUAUUAUUUAUGGUGAUCAAGUCAACAAAUAUGAGAUGGAUGGGGCAUGUAAUAUGCAUGGGGGAGAUGAUAUAUGAAAACAAAAUAUUAGUCAGGAAACCAUACAGGAAGAGGCCACUUAUAAGAUGAGCAGAUAAAUAUCCAAAUGGAUCUUAAAUGAAUAGGAUGUGAAGAUGUGGAUUGACAUCAGUUGGCUCCAGACUGCCCAGUGGCACCUUCAUGUGAACACAGUACUAACCCUUUAGGUUUCAUAUAAAGGUUGGGAAUUUCUUGUCUAAGCAACAGUCAGCUUCUCAAGGACUACCCUGCUUUAUGGAAUUAGUUUAAAUAUGGAUUAAAUUGUUGCCCUGUACUGGCACUGCGAUUGAAAGAAGUUCUGUUGCACAUGGACUGUGAGAUGCUCUCUAAGGUGGCGACAUUUGAUUAGGAUAGAAUGUGUAAAUAUCAUCGGACUGUACAGUUUGUGUGCUGUGGUUUUAACAAGGAGUAGAACUGUUGGAGGAUUCUCAACUGACAGGGAUAAUUUGUGUUCAUUCCUCUUGUUAUAAAAGUGGUAUAGCACUUUAAGGAAACAACACUAAAGCAUUAAAAUUUCACUACAGAAACUGUCAACAUGUCUAGCUGCCCCACAAAGGUACCCAUAACCCAUUUCAUUGUUUUUCAGCAAUAACUUAUGUUGUUUAAUUUGUAUGCAGUGCAGAAAUGCAGACUUAUAAAAUAAUGACCUGUUACAAAGUAGCUAAUUAUAAUGGUAUUAUUGUUCAUGCAUCUUAUAUAUUUACAAGUACCUGUAUUGAUACUAUUCAUAAAUGAUCAAUAAAAAUAUUGUUACAGUAUAUUUAUUACCAA